AUGAUGCGAAGACUGAAUACCGGUCAAUUUCCUGCAGUGACGCCGCGGCUGCCAACAGGGCAAAGAUCGACGCUGUCAGCCUCCAGCAGGCAGAGGCCACUUUGCCAUGGCCUUUCCAAGGCAGAGGCAGGCCGUGUUGUGACGGCAGCUUGCUUAGCCGCGUACUGCCGCAGCCGGCGCUUCUCCAACACCUGGCGCAAUGCAGCGAAUGCAGCGACACAGGUGGCUGAGACUGUGCAGCUGGAACAGGCUUUAGCCUCCGAUGCCCCGACGGUCGGUUUCUACGAGACCAUUCGGUCCGACAAAGUGCCCUCCAUGACUUUCUCGUCGGUGCGUUGUUUGGGUACCGAGAGCGGUCCUGAGAUCGGCGCGGAAGUUUGGGUGCGUGCUCGUGUGGCCACGGUUCGCGUAAAGGGGAAGUCAACCUUCGUGGUUCUUAGGCAGAGCAGCCUUCAUACAGUUCAGGCGUGUAAGUUCAAGGAUGCAGAGGAUGGAGGCGAAAGCGCCACGGCGGUUGCGAAGUUCUUCAAAUCCCUGCCGCUGGAAAGCCUUGUCGACCUUCGCGGAGUGCUUGCCGAGGCCAAUGUCUCGAGCUGCACACAAAGCAAUGUGGAGCUCCAGAUCAAGCAGGUUUUCUGCGUAAGCCGGGCAGUGCCGCAGCUGCCGUUUCUCAUGGCCGAUGCGCAGCGCAGCGAGGCAGAGAUCGAAGCAUCGCAGGGCAGCAAGAGGCCCUUUGUGCGUGUCCUUCCGGACCUUCGCCUCGACAACCGCUGGCUCGAUCUACGCGUGCCGGCGCACAAUGCCACGCUGCGCAUCCAGUCUGCGAUCUGCCGCCUUUUCCGCGACAGUCUCACGAAGCGCGGCUUCGUGGAGAUCCACUCUCCGAAGCUAAUAUCUGGCGAGAGUGAGGGGGGCGCGGAGGUGUUCCGCGUAGACUACUUCGGCUCCAGGGCAUCGCUGGCACAGUCGCCGCAGCUCUACAAACAGAUGGCCAUCUCAGCAGACAUGCCCGGCGCGUUUGAGAUUGGUCCUGUGUUCCGCGCGGAGAACUCCAACACUCCUCGGCAUUUGUGUGAGUUCACCGGCCUCGACUUCGAGAUGCCGAUCAUGUGGCACUAUGACGAAGUGAUUCAGGUCAUUCACGAGACGCUGUCUGGGGCGUUCCAGGCGCUGGAGGAGGAGUGUGCAGAGGAGCUGAAAGUGGUGAGGCAGAUGUAUCCCUCUGAGGCUCCCAAAAUGCCAUCUCCAGCUGGGCCGCCCUGCGUUGUGCACUGGGGCGAAGCCAUGGAGAUGCUGAAAGAAGCUGCGGCCUCCGGGUCUGAGAGAAAGGACUUGAUGGCUGAUCUCAGCACAGAGGAGGAAAGGGUGCUGGGAAGCUUGGUUCUUGAGAAGUAUGGCUCGGAUCUCUUCUUCUUGGACAAGUACCCCUCUGCUGUCAGGCCCUUCUACACAAUGCCGUCAAAAGACCAGCCCGAAUACUCCAACUCCUAUGACGUCAUCUUUCGCGGGCAGGAGAUCGGCAGUGGUGCGCAGAGGUGUCAUGACCCGGAGCUGUUGGAGGCAAGAUGUGAGGAGCUUGGGGUGCCCACCGAGCCCUUGCAGGGCUACAUCGACUCCUUCCGGCACGGAGUCCCUCCUCAUGGUGGCGUCGGGCUUGGUCUUGAACGCAUCGUGCAGCUGUACCUUGGCUUGGACAACAUCCGCAAGGCAGUCAUGUUCACCCGUGAUCCAGCGCGGCUGAGCCCGUGA